CGGCUCGCAUCCCGAGCUGGUGCUUCGCCCGCGACGCAGCGCCCAGGCUUGACGCCCCUCGUGGAGCCGCGCGAAGGUCAUCCCGCCAGCCAGCCCGUCUGUCCCGCAUCUCCGCCACACCCGCCGCGCCUCCGUGGGUCUGUCCGUCUUCGCCUCCGAACCCCACGCCCUGCGCCACAAGCCCCGGCCGCCCGAGCACCAUGAAUCAGAUCGAACCCGGUGUGCAGUACAACUAUGUCUAUGAUGAAGAUGAAUACAUGAUCCAGGAGGAGGAGUGGGACCGCGACCUACUCCUGGACCCAGCCUGGGAGAAGCAACAGAGGAAGACCUUCACUGCCUGGUGUAAUUCACAUCUAAGGAAAGCUGGCACCCAAAUUGAAAAUAUCGAGGAAGACUUCAGGAAUGGUCUUAAACUCAUGCUACUGUUGGAAGUCAUCUCAGGGGAGAGGCUGCCCAAACCUGACCGAGGGAAAAUGCGGUUCCACAAAAUUGCUAAUGUCAACAAAGCUUUGGAUUACAUAGCAAGCAAAGGGGUGAAACUGGUGUCCAUUGGGGCAGAAGAAAUUGUUGAUGGCAACGUGAAAAUGACUCUGGGUAUGAUCUGGACCAUCAUCCUUCGCUUUGCUAUUCAGGAUAUUUCAGUUGAAGAAACGUCUGCCAAGGAAGGUCUGCUACUUUGGUGUCAGAGGAAGACCGCUCCUUAUAGAAAUGUGAACAUUCAGAACUUCCACACCAGCUGGAAAGAUGGCCUUGGGCUCUGUGCCCUUAUCCACAGACACCGGCCUGACCUCAUCGACUACUCAAAGCUUAACAAGGAUGACCCCAUAGGAAAUAUUAACCUGGCUAUGGAAAUUGCAGAGAAGCACCUGGAUAUUCCUAAAAUGUUGGAUGCUGAAGACAUUGUGAAUACUCCCAAACCCGAUGAAAGAGCCAUCAUGACUUACGUAUCUUGCUUCUACCACGCUUUUGCGGGAGCAGAGCAGGCCGAGACAGCAGCUAACAGGAUAUGUAAGGUUCUUGCUGUGAAUCAAGAGAAUGAGAGGCUGAUGGAAGAAUAUGAGAGGCUAGCAAGUGAGCUUUUGGAAUGGAUUCGUCGCACGAUCCCGUGGCUGGAGAACCGGACGCCUGAGAAGACCAUGCAAGCCAUGCAGAAAAAGCUGGAGGACUUCCGGGAUUACCGUCGGAAGCACAAGCCUCCCAAGGUGCAGGAGAAAUGCCAGCUGGAGAUCAACUUCAACACCCUGCAGACCAAGCUGCGGAUCAGCAACCGGCCAGCCUUCAUGCCUUCCGAGGGCAAGAUGGUGUCGGAUAUUGCUGGUGCCUGGCAGAGGCUGGAACAGGCAGAGAAGGGCUAUGAGGAAUGGCUGCUCAACGAGAUACGGAGACUGGAGCGUUUGGAGCACCUGGCAGAGAAGUUCAGGCAGAAGGCCUCAACACAUGAAACUUGGGCUUAUGGCAAAGAGCAGAUUUUGCUACAGAAGGAUUACGAGUCGGCGUCCCUGACGGAGGUGCGAGCCCUGCUGAGGAAGCACGAGGCCUUUGAGAGCGACCUGGCGGCACACCAGGACCGCGUGGAGCAGAUAGCAGCCAUUGCGCAGGAGCUCAAUGAACUGGAUUAUCAUGAUGCUGUGAAUGUCAACGAUAGGUGCCAAAAAAUCUGUGACCAGUGGGACCGACUGGGAACGCUCACCCAGAAGAGGAGAGAGGCCUUGGAGAGAACCGAGAAAUUGCUAGAAACCAUUGAUCAGCUUCACCUGGAGUUUGCCAAGAGAGCUGCUCCUUUUAACAACUGGAUGGAAGGUGCUAUGGAGGAUCUGCAAGAUAUGUUCAUUGUUCACAGCAUUGAGGAAAUCCAGAGUUUGAUCACUGCUCAUGAGCAGUUCAAGGCCACACUCCCCGAGGCAGAUGGGGAACGCCAGUCCAUCAUGGCCAUCCAGAACGAGGUGGAAAAGGUGAUUCAGAGCUACAGCAUCAGGAUCAGCUCGAGCAACCCGUACAGCACUGUCACCAUGGACGAGCUCCGUUCCAAGUGGGACAAGGUGAAACAGCUGGUGCCCAUCCGAGAUCAGUCCCUGCAGGAAGAGCUGGCUCGCCAGCACACUAAUGAGCGACUGCGGCGCCAGUUUGCCGCACAGGCCAAUGCCAUCGGACCCUGGAUCCAGAACAAGAUGGAGGAGAUUGCCCGCAGCUCCAUCCAGAUCACAGGAGCCCUGGAAGACCAGAUGAAUCAGCUGAAACAGUACGAACACAACAUCAUCAACUACAAGAACAACAUCGACAAGCUCGAGGGAGACCAUCAGCUCAUCCAGGAGGCCCUGGUCUUCGACAACAAGCACACGAAUUACACCAUGGAGCACAUCCGUGUUGGGUGGGAGCUGCUGCUGACAACCAUCGCUAGAACCAUCAACGAGGUGGAGACCCAGAUCCUGACGAGAGAUGCAAAGGGCAUCACCCAGGAGCAGAUGAAUGAGUUCAGAGCCUCCUUCAACCACUUCGACAGGAGGAAGAAUGGCCUGAUGGAUCAUGAGGACUUCAGAGCCUGCCUGAUUUCCAUGGGUUACGACUUGGGCGAAGCUGAAUUUGCCCGCAUCAUGACCCUGGUUGAUCCCAACGGACAAGGCACUGUCACCUUCCAGUCCUUCAUUGACUUCAUGACUAGAGAGACGGCCGACACGGACACCGCCGAGCAGGUCAUCGCCUCCUUCCGAAUCCUGGCUUCUGACAAGCCAUACAUCCUGGCAGAGGAGCUGCGUCGAGAGCUGCCCCCUGAUCAGGCCCAGUACUGCAUCAAGAGAAUGCCUGCCUACUCAGGCCCAGGCAGCGUGCCUGGCGCCCUGGAUUACACCGCCUUCUCCUCUGCGCUCUACGGGGAGAGCGAUCUGUGAUGGCUGAGUUUCUGUAAUUGUUGAUCCCAGCAGAACACAAUAAAGGCUAAAGUCACAGUUUGUUUCCCGGAAACUUUGACAAGCUUUGUUAUGAGGGAAAGCAUUUUGCAGCAGCUCAGUAAUUGCUAGUAAUGUAACAAGGUUGAAAUGAAAUUUCUACAGUAGAUGAUAGAGUGUGCUACAUAAAUAGGGUCCUUUAUUCUGAACUUGUAGUUAAAUGAAACGACAGCUUGACUUCCUUCCUUGAAUCAAGCCAAUCACUCAAGUAAUUUGAAAUUUGGAGGCUCUGGGAAAAAAAGGAAAGUGAAAAAUACAAAUCCAAAUUACCGAAGAUUCAAGACCAGAACAGGAGGGCAAACCACAAAUUGGUAAUUUAUAUUUUUCAAAUACAUACUUCCUAUUGAAUAUACUUACAUGGGUAUUGCGAAAGGAAUGCAUUUGAGAUUCUUAUGUUUCAUGUUUUUGCUUAUCCGAAGCUGGGCUCAAUUUCAGGAUCAAUGGCACAAUCUUUUCUUCAGCUGAAGGCAUUGUGACGAGAUGGGACGUCCAGAGAAGAGAAGCCUCAAAGUUCUUUAGUACUUAAAAGAAAGUUUAAAUAGAGUGUGUAGUCAGCUCUGCAUCAUUUAAGACUGGAUGGUCCCAUUAUUGGAUUUUGAGUUCAUGCCUUACUUAUCUUCUGGAGGAUACUCUGAGGAAUUGUGGGAAGUUGAAUGAGGAAAUGUGGGAGUUAGCUGAAACUGCCAGAGAGGAAGAUGGGGUCAGCGGGUAAUGUGAAUUUUUAAGGGUUGUCUAUUGAUUCCAGUUCCCCAUGCUUUUUCUAAAAUGUGUUAGUAGAGGCUCCCAGGAGAUGGCCAGUUUAAGUGAUCUGUUUUGAAAUAAACUGGCUUCUUAGUAGUCACUUCUAAGAAGAGACAACUGGUAUACCAGUAGCUCUCCAGAAAGGACUUUCUUAUGCUUUUAGUAUUAGGACCUGUUAAGGAGAAGCCAGAAUUUGUAGAAAAGGGCUGAUUCUCAACCAUGGUAGAGGUAAGUGCUCUCCCUUGCAGAAUCCUUCCAUGUCUUUUGGGUGCCAUCCUAUGGUGUGCUAGAAGUUGCGGGGUAGUUUUGCCAGCGGCCCCUUGGAUUGGAUGAUGUACCCUAUCAAGUCCAGAGUCUGGCUCUGUGUGUGUGGGUAGAGCUGUGCUCUGGGGCAGAAGAGGCCACAUGUGCUCCUGUCAUCACAGCCUCAUCUAUCGAGUGUGCAUUUUUUCUGCUUGUGCUUAAUGUGCGCUGUAAUCCCCCCACCUGUAUUUCCAUCUUGUUGACAGCUUGUAAAGAAUAAAGCAGGACUUCUUUUUAUAUUCGAGUCAUUAAUGACCAGGAAAAACAAUUGUAAACAAAGAUUAAAGUGUUCCAUGAGAAGCAGGAAUGUGCUGUUAACCACAGUGUGUUUCCUCAGACUUUUAGAAAUUUCCACCAACAGCUGGAAAUGUGAUACUUUCCAUCCGUGACUGGUAACCUGUUCCUUUACUACUUUGGCCUCUUUAGAACUUUAAGCCUUUAUUGGCUUUAUCAGUAAAUAGAUUGUGGUUUCUAAAUUACUGGAAUAUAUGAAUCCUUGAGUUUUAUGCCAGACACUUUGGGGCUGGUGUUUAGAUGAAUUGUGGUUUGUUUGUUUGUUUCCAAGCAGGUGCUAUAUUCCCAUCCACAAAUAUUAAGGAUAAGGCAUUUGGUGGAUUUGUGGUAUUUUAGGAUGAGUAACUCAUCUACCUACAUUUUUAACUUCUUUACAACACUCAAUGACAGAUUGGAUCAUUACUGACUGCUAAUAAAUGAAGAAAAGAAAUAAACUUUGAAAAAUAACAAA